GGAUAAUGUUUAUACCCCACAAUUCCUCGAAAGACACACAAUCUCACCAAACUCUCAUUCAUGUUUAAAAGUAGCCUCAACCUUCUACAAUCCAAAGUUUACGAACACUGCCUUCAAUUAAAUAAAACUCAUUCCUAAGCAAAAUGGCCUAUCUCCACACUGCUAGACUGAAUGAUCAACUUAUGAGACUUCGUCAAGCUGUUAGAGAUCUUCAAGGAUCAUCUGAAACGCUUGAUGAAUCAUUGAUCGAGCUUAUGAGACAGGUUGAAGAAAUGGCACGCGAUAUUGUUCUAAGAGUCGCAGAAAUAGAGAGAGAACUGGCUUUGAUAUCGGCAUUCGGAGCUCUAGAGAACUUGCGCAAUCUCGUCAGAGAAGCUGGGGAAUGAUGGGAUGUUAUCGAUGGGAAGAAUGUGAAUUGGCUCGGAUUGCUCUACUGUAUGGUCGAUCGCUGCCCCUUCAGCAAGAGCCCGAGCUAGCAGAACAACAUGAGGAAUUUGAACAAGACGGGGAACAACUUCGGAUCUGAAGGAGAAGAGACAGUCCGUCGUUGGCGCCAAAGAAGGGCUAUCACGAGAGCACGUUUAGCUUUUGAGAAUCUGCGAAGUGUUGUUGAGGAGACAAUCCUGCAAUGCGAUGGGAACUAGGGAAGUGCUGGAAGGAAAGGGAAGAUAGGGAAUUUGCUGAGGCUGCGAAACA